AUGGAAGUUUGUGAAAAGGAGAAAAAAAUAAACAAUGUUCAAGUUCAUGAAGAAAAUAUUCGUUCUUUCAUAAAAUCUUCGUUCAUUGCAAAAUUUCUUGUGAAUGAAUUAAAACUAAAAAUAUCAUGGCGUAGAAUAAACUCCGAACAGCAUAAGAUGUUAAAAACACAUCAUCAGCACAGCACGAAGAGAUAUUUUGUAUUCAGGUUACUUCAGCAACAUGAAUUAUUUCUAAUGCUCUCAGCUUUUCAAUCUCUUAUUAUUCAGCAAUGA